AUGGAACAAGAAGUGCGUAUGCAUGAUGUUGUUCGCGAAAUGGCAUUGUGGAUUGCAUCUGAAUUGGGAAGAGAAAAGGAGGCUUUCAUUGUGCAUGCAGGUGUAGGGUUAAGUGAAAUUCCAAAGGUUAAGAAUUGGAACACUGUGAGAAGGAUGUCACUGAUGAAGAAUAAGAUUCGCAAUCUCGCUGGCAGUCCUGAAUGUCUCGAACUCACAACUUUUCUCAUGCAACGGGGAGAUUGUAUCUCAACUUGUCAGACUACAGGUAUCCGUCAUCUCCCUAAGGGUCUACAAGAGUUGAAAAAACUCAUUCACUUGAAUCUCGGCACAUCAGCUUUCGAGUAUUGCUGGGAUAUCAAAUCUGCAUAA